AUGACGAGCAAACGUAAGCGCGAACGCGAGAACGAAGCUGAACGACAUGUGAAGCGUCAGCGGCGCCGCAAGCGGUCUCGUAGCGAGCCUUUGAUGAAUGACUCCGAUAAUGCAGAAAAACGUCAGGCACUCAAACGUUUGUUCGGAAGGAUUUGCUCCGUGGAGAUGGAAAAUGAGCAUCACGCUCCAGAUGAUGUGUUUGACAACACGAGCAACUACGAGCGGGAUGCCUACGGUGACGAGAACGAUGACCCAUUGCUGGACUCGGUGCCUGUGGACAUGGAUCCGGAACAGCUUGGCUUUCUGGUGUGCGCUCAGGAGACGCUUCGGUUCUUGCACGGUCGCGGGAUUCCUAUUGAGCACCCAGUGUUCUCUAGGUUGCGCUCGCGCCUCCUGCGCGGGAUUGGGGAGAUGGCGAUGGCC